AUGCAAAUCCUGCGGUAAUAAUCGAAAGAUACAGUGCGUGACACAGUAUUAGAGUCCAUCUUAAUCUCGUGAAAAUGAAAUUUAGGUCAAUUCUGUCGAAUCUCUAUAGAAGAGCGGAUCAAGAUCUAACAAUUGAUGGAUCCGAUUAAUCUAAUUUAGGUUAAUAAAAUGGCAAAUUUCUUAUUUCAACCUUGGAAAUAUUCUCUUUUUUUUCUCCUUCCCCCUUUUUUAUUCAUUCCUUUCUCCUGAAAAGGAACUAUCGUCUAGAGAAGGAAGAAAUCGCGAAGAUGGCCUUCGCGAUCGCAUUAUCAUCUGCAUAGAUAAUAUGUAAAUAAACUAUCAUCGCCUACUGCACGGAUUGCCGCUCUCACCAGCAUCCUUUUCCGGAAAUACUAGCUGGUCGACCGGCCGGUCGGUUAACCUUGGAAUGUUUUGGGGAUAUCCGAUGACUCUCCCGGUUCCUUCGUUUUGGCCCGAUCGGAACCGGUCCUCCUACGGACGAGCGGCUAGGUAAUUUAUGAGGUAAACCAGCGAUUGCCGACGCGGCCAAGGUGUCAAGGUAGGGAGUUCUCUCCCGGAGCGAAGUGAAUGCCUUUCCCGGCCGGUUGGUCCCGGCGCGGCAUCUCAGUACUCCUGGUGCCGCACCAACCGAUGGGACUUGUCGUUUUCUCGCGCGCGGUCGCGAUCAAGAAGGGCGAAGAAUCAUGAUCAGGCUCGCAAUCCUCCUCGUGCUCGCGAUCGACCUGGCGAAGGGCCAGCUCAACUACGAGGGAAAUCCAUACACGGAGUUCACCGAGUAUAUCGCGGAGGAAAGCAAUCUUUCCGAGAGGUCUGCCAGGAAAAAUGACGUCUCAAUUGACGUGUCCAACCCCGUGGUCUCGUCCCGUCCUCAGAAGCUGUAUCCCGUUGCAGAGCCCGAAAGCGAUGGGCGCUCACAGCAAGAGGCGGAAACCAAUGAUCUUCUUAAAUCACAGAUUUCGUCUUCGGUCCAGACUCUCCAAUCGGACACGUCCGCUCGGCAGUUCCAAGACUCUUCCGGGAAUUCGCCGAUCAGCCAAGCGGAGGUCGCGCUGAACACGUUCUUGAACUCCAGGACACCCGCGGAAUCUCGCUUGUCUCUCGAUCACUAUCUCCGCAGUCAACAGUCGCCGGAGGCUCAAUUACGAUCUUCGGACGCGAUCAUCGGUCAGGAAUCAUCGAAGCCGAUCGAGCCUCUCAACCCUCAACCUCAACCUCAACUGAUCUCUCACGUUGAACAACAGCAACAGUUGCUGGUCCCUCAGGUGAACCAGCAACAAGUGCAACUGACAUCGCAAGUGGACCAGGUUAAGAUAGUGCCGCAGGCUGAUCUACGGCAACAAUUAUUGCCGUCUGCUGACCAGACUUAUGGCUACGUGAGACAACCAUCCGUGGUACAGGCGGUACAGCCCGUGAUCAGAACACCCGCGGGAGUUGUCCUGGGACAGAAGAUGCUGCAGCCAGUGCCACUCGUGCCUGCCUUCCAAGCUAGGAACGACAUGAUAACGCCGGCGAUGUGGCGGGAAAGAAUGAGAAGAAUACGCGGAAAACCGUACCCCUUUGCACAAUCAAGGAUAGCACCGGCAUUGUACCAAGGACCAAUUGCAGGUGAGAAAACAUAUCUCAGAGAGGAAACGCAUGAUAGAUUGUUCGACGAGAUAUUACAAAAUCGCCUUCUGGAUAUCUCAGUUCCUUUCAAGGCCAAGGGUCCGGUGGGUCCGGUGGAGGUGAUCUACACAAAACCACCGGGUUUCCAUCGAGGACCGCCCAUCCUCAGUAACCCACCGGUUCCCUACGAGGACGCGAGCGCCUGGUUCCCCGACGCUGAUCAGCCGCCCUCCCAGAAGGACGUCUAUUAUUCGCAGUUGUACGCGCAGUCCUACGAUCCUCACUAUUACAAUUACAUCGCCGCGACCGGUAAAAUCCGGCCGUAUCUGUAUGGGAAGAUAGGCAAGUAUAAGGAGGAGCAGAACGACGGCAUCUGGUCGGAGCUCUAUCGCGGCUUCAAAAAGCACGGCCUGAGAAAUAUCAUGACGCCGACCUUCUUGCUGGGCAUGACGCUACCAGUGGUGACCCUGAUGCUCUCCGCCCUCGUGCAAAAGCGGUCCAUCUCGCGCUCCGACGACGCGAGGGAUUUGAAUCAAGAGGACGCUCUGCAAGAAUACCUCGAAAGACUGCAGAGAGCGAUGGAAUGUUACUCCGGUAGGAAUUCCCGAGACGCGAAGCUAGACGGAUGCUAGAAUCAAGGAUGUCCUGAUGCUAAAUGAGUAACUCGUGCCGGAUAACGCGUGAAAAAGUAGCCCGUUCGGCAUUGAGAGAGUUGCAUUAGUAAUUCAAGUAACGAUAAAUGUAAAAAUUUGAAAUAUUUUUAGUAUUCAAACUAUUUAUACAUUUUAUAUUUUUGAUAUUAAAAUAUAUACGGACUCUUUAUGUCUGCGCAUCAUCUUGCACUUCCAUUUCACUCAACGACAAUCAGAUGUGAUCGUUUGAUUCUGAGAUUCGUUUAUUUAAUGCGACGUUACGUCUAAUUUAAAGUAAGGUAAUUCUCGCCGCGUUUUGGAAUAAACGCACGGCGAGAAUAAGAAUUUUUGUACUUAAAUUAUGCUAAAGGUAAUACUCUUAAAAUCGCGUGUGCUUUGUAGACAUAAUCACGUAAUUGCAUUUGAGCGGAGACUGGUCAUGUUGAUCAAGUACGAUAGUGUGAACAUAUAUGCACGAGAUCUGUUCAAAAACUUCUCGAACUUUGUCUUUAUAAUUUUUGGGGGUAUUACAACUUAUUCUCAACCUCAUUCGUCUGCGAAUGUCUUCAAAUGUCGAUCCUUUAGCCUUUCACGGAUUUUAUUUUUAAAAGGAGAAAGUUUACGAAAGCCACGUCGAAAAAAUGUCAGAAGAAAAAAAGCCUGAAUUGUAGAAAGACAAUUCAUAGUUCUUUCACCACAACGCGAUCGCACACGCAAUCGCUGCUGAUUCGUCACUUCUGCACCAAACAAAGAUGAUUGUGUUUCCUCACCCUUUCUACUCACGACCUGACUCUCGUGGACUUAUUUCUUUUCUUAAAAUUGAAAUCCACGUUGAAAGACCGAAGAUUCGACACAAUUGAAGACGUCAAAGAAAAUUCGCAGGCGGAAUUACGUGAGCCUGAAAAACGCGUACAGAGACUGUUUCCAGAAGUAGAAAUGGCGUUAAGAGUAUCAUCAAUCGAGAAAGAACGUAUUUCGAAGGAAAUAGGACUGAAUAAGUUGUAAGUAAAUCACCAAAAAUUAUAAAGUUCUUGGGAACUUUUUGAAUAGAUCUCAUAUAUAUGUAUAACGUUCUUAAAAACGCCACGUAAAUGUAACGUUUCAAGAAUAUCGAAAACUGCAUAACUUUGUAAAGCAAUUAAAUUACGCCAUACGAAUUGCAACGUACAAUUAAACAGAAGCAAUGCGUUGUAAUUUUAACGCGAAUUAAAAAUAAAACAUGCGUUUCAGAGUAAUUUAUCUCAAUCGAAAAGGAAGGUUUUAAGCAGAUAUUUUAAUUUCCAUACAUUUAAAUGAUCGCUUCCGGCGGAAAACAGUAGAAAAACGACGUUUUGCACGCGCGACUCAUAUUAUCUCCGCGCUACUGUACGCGAUCACUGUAACACAAAUCUAAUGACACGCGAGCGUUCUCGCGAUGUGUCAUUAGUGCAUUAUGCAAGACUCACGUCUAAUAAAAAAAAAGACCUACGUCUCCCUCCUGUCUGUCGCAAGUCAUCAGUUGCUGUGCGCUAAAAUAAAAAGGAGGAAAGAUAAAAACUACUAAGGCUGCUCUUCCGGGUUAAAUUUAGAAGAAUUAAAUAGCGAAAGGCAAGCCAGACUUGCCGAUGUUACUGCAUCAAACACUGUGUAUAUAUAUAUAACAUGUAUCUAAUAUACAAAAAUUAUACAUAAUACACACUCGCGUUAAUUAAAACACAUACUGUGCGUACAUUGUUUACUGUUCCUGGCGCAACGAACAUUUCCCACAUUAUCCAUCAUCCCCGGAAACCGAACGCGGAUAUCUCU